UGACGGAUUUUGUAGGGGUGGGGACACGCACACGGUUGGGAACCAUUAAUUUGGCUUCAAGAUGUGAAGAAAGAAGUGUUGUCACAGCAGUAGCAACACAGAUUGUGAUGAAAAAUGUAGAGAGUCCACCCGGGAGGAGAGACAGAGACUGAGAGAGAGCAACACACACACGGCACGCACAGAGUUACCCACCAAACCAUCACACUGCUUCUGUGUCGUGAACAUUUUGGCGCUACUGCAAACGGAGAAAAAAAAUCCUGGGACUGACAGAAGAAAACUGAAGGAGAGCCGACAAGCGGGAUCGACGCCUUAAAAAACCCCAAACAAAACAAAACAAAAAAAACCCCGCCUGCUGCAGCUGAUUUUUUAUUUUGGAGGAGGUGUUGGUGGGGAGGGAGAGAGAGAGGCCAGUAUGCCGGCAUUUUUUUCUCCUCCGUGCACCGUGAGAUUCUGCCGCCACGCAGGAAACCCCCACAGCAGCCGCUGCUGCCGGUAUAUGAGCAACUUGAUGCGCUAAAGGUAACGCCGCUGAAUUUCGCUGCCCAUUUCCUUUCCUUGCAUCAGUUUGGUGCUGCGUGAAGCGAUGAUGAUGAGGAUGGUGAGGAUGGUGAGGAUGAUGCUGCAUCGGCGGGCUUUGAAUGUGUGAAUCCUGUACGGGACUCUCCUCCUUCGCGAUGUAAAUUGGAGCCACUAAAGUCUCUUUUUUUUAACCCCCUCCAGCUCUGCGUUAAUUACAGUGACAACAAUAAAAAAAAAAAAAAAAAAGAUGCCUUUUUUUGACGCUUGGAGUGAGGAUGCCAGUGGCUGUGAUUGUGUCUCUCCUGCUGCGGCAGCUCCUCAGCUCAAGACAGACUCAAGUAGCCUUAGCUGAAGAGAAAAACAGCAAGCUGGCAAGUGCUGUAUCACCCAACACAAGCCGAAGGAGCCGGUGCAUGUAUGUGGGGAAGGGCAUCCAUCACAGCACAGCGCAGGGGCUUCCUGGGAGCCGCCACAUCCCCACAUUCGUCUGAGGACUGCUGAGAGAUUACAACCCCCCUCCUGAUGGUUGUUGGAGGGCAGCCCCGAUGCAUCUUGUGCGUGUGAAAACUCUCAGAGUCCCCCUUGGCCAGCUCUGCAUUAACAGAAAGGAGACAGAGCAGACGGUAACUCGGUGUGUGUCAUGUUAGAGGCUGGAGUCUUGCCUGCUCGCACCAGCUCCCUGCCAAAAUCUCUGACCUGCCCUGUCUGAGCCCUUUGUAUGAGCAUCUCUGCGCUGCCACAACAGAACCAGUGGUUUGUAGACAUUACUGSCCGUUUUACUCCGCUCCUCCAACAACGACGACAACAAAAAAAAGGCCCCCCCACGUCUCUGACUGUCGGUGCAGGRCAGAGCAGAGGUCAGGAUGCAGGUCUCCUUCGCAUGCACUGAGCACAACCUGAAGAGCCGCAGUGAGGACCGGCUCUGUGGCCUUCGCACCGCCCCACCUCCAGGAGGAAGCAGCGGAGGAGUUGGUGGAGGAGGUGGCGGUGGCGGUGGAGGAGGAGGUGGYGGCAGCGGAUCRGGAGGAGGUAGCAGCGGAGGAGGGGGAGGAGGUGGUGGUGGACAGGGGGGUAACGGUAACCACGUCUCCCAAGGCUCRGUGAAGAACAGGGAGGGCCCCGGGUCCCGGCAGACUCCACAGGGCCAUGCCCACAUGAAGGAGGCCAUYGGGCGGCACACYAACAUGAAGUACAGGAACCUGGGGAAGUCCGGCCUUCGUGUAUCCUGCCUCGGGUUAGGCACCUGGGUGACAUUUGGAUCUCAGAUCUCUGAUGAGAUGGCGGAGAACCUGAUGGCCCUGGCUUAUGAAAAUGGAGUCAACCUGUUUGACACGGCAGAGGUCUACGCCUCUGGAAGAGCGGAAAUCACCCUGGGGAACAUUAUCAAAAAGAAAGGGUGGAGGCGCUCAAGUUUUGUCAUCACAACAAAAAUCUACUGGGGAGGCCAAGCAGAAACAGAGCGAGGACUCUCCCGAAAGCACAUCAUUGAAGGUUUACGAGGAUCCUUAUCAAGGCUCCAACUCGAUUAUGUGGACUUAGUUUUUGCCAACAGAAAUGACGUGAACAGUCCGAUGGAAGAGAUUGUUCGGGCCAUGACAUUUGUAAUAAACCAGGGCAUGGCCAUGUACUGGGGAACCUCCCGCUGGAGCGCAAUGGAGAUCAUGGAAGCGUACUCCGUUGCGCGUCAGUUCAACCUGAUCCCACCUGUGUGUGAGCAGGCAGAGUAUCACUAUUUCCAGAGGGAUAAAGUGGAGGUGCAGCUUCCUGAACUCUACCACAAGAUCGGUGUGGGGGCGAUGACCUGGUCUCCACUUGCUUGUGGAUUAAUCACAGGGAAGUACAGCGACGGCGUGCCCGAGUGCUCCAGAGCAGCGAUGAAGGGAUACCAGUGGCUGAAGGAGCGAGUGAACAGCGAGGAAGGCAGAAGGCAGCUGGCGAAAAUCAAGGAGCUCCAUCUACUGGCAGACAGACUGGGCUGCACCGCCGCUCAGUUAGCCAUAGCCUGGUGUUUGCGAAGUGAGGGUGUCAGCUCUGUGCUUCUGGGUGUUUCUAACACUGACCAGCUACUGGAGAACCUCGGCGCUCUCCGGAUUUUAUCCCAAAUGACACCACAGACCAUCACUGAGAUCGACGCCCUGCUGGGAAACAAACCACACUCGAAGAAAGAGACGCGUGCUUGAAGAUGCGAAACAAACAGUGACGGAUGACGUUUCAUGACAAGAAAACCGUGGGAAGCUUCGCUUUUUGCUCCGCUGUAUACUCAAAUUGCAUGUUCUCCGCAACAUUAUGCUUCCAGUCUGUGCGCAUACCCAUUUUUGCGCAACAAAUCGUAUUAUGUACAACAGAAAAAAAAAAAAAGAAAAUUUCUCUCAGCUGUAAAAAGAAAAAAACAAAAAGGAUCACAUAUUGCUCACUGUCAAACGUUCGCAGACUUCAUAGACGCAAAGUGACAAGCUUCUGCCGUCCGCAGGAACUGAGAAACGUUUGCAACUUUCAGCUGCAGUCAAAGCACAGGACAAGGCCCAACGUGGAAAAGAAACCCCACCUUUUUGCAACAUUUCUGGUUAAAUGGUGCUUUCGCUGGACGUGCAGGYGGGUCUGCUCCCCCUCGCAGCAGCCUGCUAUGGGGUUUGACGUUCAGCCAGCAGCCAGAGGUCAGAGGUUAGCACCCAUGUGUCUAGCUGAACAUUUCCCAUCAUGUGCAUGUGACUGGUCUGCAACGCUCACUGCUUUACAGGGUUGGGAACAUUGGGUUACUUGUGAAAUAAAAAACAAUAAUCUAAAAAAAAAUGAUGAAGCAGUACAAAAUUAACCAUUUAUUUUGGUUAGCAAAAGUCACUUUAAAAAAAAAUGCAAACAGAUAUUAUUAGUGGGUGCAGUUUUGAAGACUUUCCCAGCCCUGCUGCUUUCCCAGAAGUCUUUUUGCCUCCUCUGUUUGUAAACUGUGCGCAUGUCCCUUUAAGAGAGAAUUAGCCCCAGUCGGGCGUAAAUGUGGCAUGGCUUUUAUGGCUUAUGUAGAUUUGCAGUACCCUUGUAAGCCAAUGUUUUGUGUUUUUCUUUUUUUUACUUGAGUAGUCCUGCAGUUUGAUCCAGCACCCUGMUGCCGGGGCCUCGCUUUAACGAGUCCCCACAAUCCUGGGACACGGCCGUGUCCAUCUGACCUUUGACCUAUACCCUUUGUAUUGUCUUGAACUGUACAGAAAAGUGCAGACGAAAAGUGUCAAUACUGUAAAGACUGUACUAAAAUAAAAGGUUUGCGGUAGCUGAAGAGUUUGAAGGCGACAGCUCUGGACACACUGUGGUAAAACUGUACUUUUCCAGGCGUAGGAGAAAAAAAAGUUUUAUUUAAUAUGACACAAAGAGCCCCGGGGUAAGAAUUAGCAAAUGUAUUUUUUCUUCAUUUUUUUUCUUGAAAUUUAAAAUAUAUCUUCUCUGCUCAAAUUU